GAUAUUUCUGUUUUGACAUUGAUGAGAGAAGUUAUGCCUGGGGGAAUUAGUUCUGGAGCUGUUCACGAGGGAACCUUUUUUUCGCAGCCUGGCUCGUGUUUCCCACGGCGCAGCAGAGAUAUUUGGUUCAGCAUCAAAGGCACGAGAGUCGUUGGGCCCAGGGCUGUUGGCGGAUAAGCGAGAGACAAUGCGGGCAGCGGAGGUUGCGAAAGGGUCCGAAGAAUCAUCGGACAGCGAAGACAGACUCCUCCGAGAUCCUGGGACUGUGGGGACGUAUGCAGAAGGACCCGGACUCCCAAUGUGCGGUCCAGCAUGAGGAAAGCCAGCUGCUGGACGCGCAUGCAAAGCAGGCACAUUGGAUGCCACGUGAUUGCGCUCUUCCGAACCCAACGACGACGCAUUCUCCGGUGCAACUGAGUGCAGAAGCUGAAUGUCUGAUGGGAAGGGAAUGUGAGCGGGUUGGACAGGAGGGACGGCAGAACGAUCAGCAGGCACAGCGGGGAGCGUUUCUAGGCGUUCCCGCCUUGCAGAACACAAUUUCAGCUAUGCGGACAGGAGGUGAUGGCCAGAAGGGAGAUUCUCAAAAGAUCUAUGAAGCAUCAAAGCCUCUUGCCAUGGACCAGCUCUUUUCCGUGUUCUAGACGUGGAAGGAGCCAGGCCUGCCAUGACUUUAAGACAGACCCGGGUAAAAGGGCGGCAGGUUGCAUAUGCAUGGUAUUGGCGGUGCUGUUCGAUGGGAUGAGGAGAGUGUUGCAGACGAAGGCUUACAACUGACAGGGAUAUUUAAUAUAUGAGCGCAAUGGGGUGCAGUGGAGGGGAAGAAAGGAGGCAUGCGAGAGCCAACCUGUGGGGGGAAAUGGCAGGCGAAGGUUAUGAAGCAGGAGAGAAAAAACAAAAGCACAUUGACAAA